CUAAAAUAAUCAAUUUGACAACCAUGUUACACGACACAUGUGACCCGUAUCUACAUGGAAUAUAUUUUAAUAGUUGACUUCUGGUCAAAUUAGCGAAGCUUCUUCCUGUUUCUUCGGUCAUCUCCACCUUAACUGAUCAUCUUCAACUCUCUCCAGACCAUCGUCGGGAAUGCAUUCUCAUUUCUACGAUCACAAUUUCAGUUUCAAAGUUCAUUAAGUCCAGACAAAUUCAACUUCUCCAAGUUCAUCAAUGGCUGGUGGGUUAUUUUUGGGGGCUGUACUAGGGGUCGCUGUUACUAAACUAUCAGAUGUCAUCAUAGACGUAUUAAAGAAACCCUCGCAGUUUAGCUCCAAGCUCACUAAAAUAUGAGAAACUAUCACGAGAAUCAAGCCGAUCUUUGUUGAAAUCGAGAAACUAACUAAAGUAUUGGAUCGACCGAAACAUGAAAAUGAUAUGUUCAUCGCUCAGAUGGAAGGCGCAGAAGCCCUAAUUCUGAAAUGCAAGCGUGUCAAAUGGAAUUUAUACAAGAGAUACACUUACGCGUUGAAAUUAGAUGCUUUAAAUAAAUCGAUGCUGGAAUUCUUUCGGUUUGAUGUUCAGUUGGUGAUGGUACGAGAUCAGAAAGUGAUAAUGAGUAUGAUGAAAGGGGAUUCAAGUCGUUCAUCUUGUAGGAUUCCGUCGUUGAAGGGUUCUGUGAUAGGAUUCGAAGAUCGAGUUAGAAAAUUGAAGGAGAUGGUCCUCAAAGAUUCAGUCGGAGAUGAAUGUUCAUUUGUAGUUGUUUCUGCUCCAGGAGGCUGUGGGAAGACUACGUUGGUAACUAUGCUCUGCCAUGAUCCCGAAAUUAAAGAAAAUUUUGGUGGAAACAUCUACUUCGCUACCAUCUCAGACACCCCCAAUUUAAAAAUCGUCAUAAAAAAUUUACUGGAGAGAAAGGAAGCCGAUUUUAUUCACGAUGAUGAUGCAAUCAAUCAAUGGGGGAGCUUUUUAAGAGAAAAUGGAUCUGAAGUACUAUUAGUUCUGGAUGAUGUAUGGCCUGAUUCCAUUACCAACCUAUCUGAUUCGAUUAUUAACCGCUUCAAGUUCAAUCUCAAAGGAUACAAGAUUCUGGCUACAUCUAGAACCACUUUUACAGAAUUCAAUACAUAUCAAUUGAAACUUUUGAACGAACAAGAUGCCACCACACUGUUUAAUUACUCUGCAUUUUCAGAACAUGUGAAUAAAUAUAUACCGAAUGAUCUUGUUGACAAGUUGGUGAAGUGUUGCAAGAAACAUCCACUAGCCCUUAGUGUGAUUGGUGGUUUGCUAAAGGGUAAACCCCUUGUAAGUUGGUGUAUCAUGUUGAACAAACUAUCUGAUGGGCAGCAAUCUGUUUUGGAUUUGCAUCAGUCUAUAGAACAUUGUCUAGCACGAAGUUUGGAUGUGUUUGAAGAAGAAUCUGUAAUCAAGCAAUGUUACAUGGAUUUGGGAUUAUUUCCUGAAGAUGAGAAAAUAUCGGCUACAAUGCUUAUGGACAUCUGGGUUCAUUUAUACAAUCAUGAUGAACACGGAUUUGCUACCAUAAAACGUCUCUUAGAGCUCUCUUAUAGAAACCUUGCAACUCUAUUGCCAAUUCGGAUAGAUUCGCCUAUGAUUGCCAAUUAUUGUGAGGAGAAAGCUGUUAUACAACACGAUUUGAUGAGAAUGCUAGCUAUUCGUUUGAGCAACCAAGAGCCAAUAGAGCAUAGAAAGAGGUUAAUCAUAAAUGCAAAUGGACAAGACCUUCCCCAAUUGCCUCAUACUAUCAAUGCCACUAUAUUGUCCAUUACCACUGAUGAAAGAUUCUCUUUAAAAUGGGACGACAUUCGAGCCCCUGAAGUUGAAGUUUUCAUAUUGAACUUCAUGUCAAAAGUAUACCACUUACCACAAUUCAUACAAAGCAUGAAGAAACUAAAGGUUCUAAUCAUAACAAACUACGGGUAUAACUUCUCAGACCUUCAAAACUUCCCCUUGCCACAAUCUUUAUCCUAUCUAACUACAAUUAGGUUAGAACACGUCUCAAUAUCUUCAAUCUCUACAUCAAUCCUAGGGUUAAAAAACUUGCAAAAAAUGUCCGUGAUCAUGUGCAAAAUAGGCGACAGUUUCAACGAAUACAUAACCAAUAAGUUAACAACUACGCUUUCGGAGAUUGAUAUAGACUCUUGCGAUGAUUUGAUCACAUUUCCUUCAAUGCUUUGCAAUACAAUCAACCUUAGAAAACUAAUCAUUACCAAUUGCCAUGAAUUGAGUUCGCUUACCGAAGGAUUUCGGAAUCUUAAAGAAUUGCCUGAAUCGAUGAGAAACAUGCAUAAAUUGAGGGUUAUUGAUCUAUCUGACUGUUUGCAUUUGAAUAAGUUGCCAUGGGAGAUUGGUGAGUUGAGUAGUCUGGGGAUGAUUCAUAUGAGAGGUUGCACCGGGCUUCAUGAGCUUCCAUUGUCAUUCAAUGAUUUAGGCUCACUUGAAGUUGUUUGUGAUGAAGAAAUAGCAAUGUUAUGGAGGGAUUUCAAGGAUGUGGAAGUACAAUUGGUGGAAGAAGAUAGAAUUGCUACCCUUUCGAAGAUUAUCCUAAGAGAUGUGCAUGUUUAAUCCGGUUUUAAGUUCAAGGCUUAUAAUCACAUAUUCACCUUAUUUGCUAAUAUGAUAUAUUGUGAUUUACCUUCUCAUAUUUGCUAUUAGUAGGGCAUUCUUAUGUUGGUUGUCUUCUCUAUCUAUUGAACUUUUAAUGUAUGUAAAAUUUUGGAUACAUGUUUUCUUGAUGUUUCGUGUAACCUAUUUAACUAUUCCCAAUAUUGGUAUUGUACGUUUAGUUGGUUUUGCUUGUUUAC